AUGACUCGGGAUGAUUGCGAAAGUUUGGCUAGCAGAACAAGUGGAUCCACAAUAGUAUGUGCAGUUUUGACAUCUAUAGAUCCGCCGACUAUUCGAGACAGUACGGGUUCGCUAAAUUUUCACAAAAAAAAAACUAAUGAUAGUUAAAAAUUCAGGGAGUCUGGUGCUUAAGUGUCAAAUACCAGUACACAGAGUGCACAUAGAGCCUGGCGACACUUGUCUUUUCCGCUUUACUUUUGAUGAAACUGGCAGUGCUUUGUGUGAUCAAGUCACCGCUAUUCCACCUCUCUUGGCGCCUGUUUAUGAUCAUCUUCUUGCAGAGUAUAGAACCGCUGUUCGAAAUUCUUUACUCGCUCCUUAA